AUGCUCCACAUUAAAUCAUCACUAAUUAAAGUUAUGUCCUUUUCAGGCUUUGAUGCCAAUACGAGACUCGUUGAUGAGGAAGAAGACUGUCCAACACUAUUAGAGCAUGACUUUAAUAGGUUUCAUCACACAAUCCCAGGAUUAAGACGUUCUGGCGUUGAUGCUAAUGCUAUUAGACAGCAUUACUACCCAGACGGAGAUUGGGGUUGGAUCGUGUGCAGUGUUGCAUUUUUAGCGCACAUUCUAACGACGGGAUUUCAGUUGUCCUAUGGUUUUCUACUGCUUUAUGCAAUUAAGCAUCUAGGACAAGAUGUGGCAAUGGAAACAAGACACGCAAAAGUCAUUUCAUCAUACAAAGCACCAGCAUUUGACUCCAAGUCACAAACUGGUGCUUAUAAGAAGUCAUCACCAUUCGACUUCAAAGAGCAGGAUCGUAAAAUGACAAUGUCGUCAUCAAAGAGUGGUAGUAGCAGCAGCAGUAUGGAUAAGAAGGCAGAUCCAUGGGGAAAAACUUUCAAAAACGAACAGCACUUUAAGAGCCUUCACAUAUGUUAA